GGCUAGGAGGUCCUGAUGGUGUUGCCCAGAGUAAAGCCACACACACUUUCUUUGCAGUUUAACAUCUCUGAACACAUCGUAAAACGCAUUCAGGUAACAGAGCACGAAGAGAGCGUAAGUCACUCGGCAAGCACUCACAUCCUGCCUCAGGACCUACAGCUGCCAGGGAACAGCACAGGCAGUGGGAACGCAGAACGACGCAGCAGCGUCAGUGGCAGUGUGGGGUCGGCACCUUCCUCGCCAACCCUCACAAGAGCUGUCGAGGGACCUGCCUCGCUGCCUGCACAGUCACCUGCACCAUAUGUCAAUGAAGCCAUCAAGAAGCCAAAGCUGGUGAGGUCUCAGACUCUCGGUGUCGCUGAAAGUAAAACUGCCAGGCAACGCCUCUUAGCCCAGAAACAGAAGCAGCGCUCGCGGACCACCCAGGCGGAGGAGAGGCUGCGAGGGGAACUGAUGAUCGUGUGCGGCGACUGCAAGGCAAUGGUCCUGCACAUCCUGGCUUCUAUUAGGGUCCGGAGGGAGCAACAGCAGGGGACCUCGAGUCAGCAUGAGUCUCCGCGCCAUCACCUGCACCUCAAUCUUCACCCUGUUUACAACUAAUCUCAAGCAUUCACAGAAGAAGGUGAAAGAUCAAUGCAGACUGCGAACAAAGAAGAAGAUGAUGAAAUAAGAAGACAUUGAUGCCACAUGAAACAAUGUCGAAUUAUUCAAAGAUCCUUCAAGUUGAAAAGAAAAAAAAUAUGAAAAACAAGACAAAAGGAAAAAAAAAAGAAGACGACGAAAGACGGAAAGCCGAUUCUGUUCGUCUAUAAAGUGUACCCCAUUAUUCUGAUCCUCUUUGAUGAUAAUGAUGAUAAUUAUUUAAGCAUGUUUCAAGAUAACAACAAACAACAACAAGAGCAACAAAGACAGGAUCACUACCCUCGGAGCCUAGUCCCAGUCCUCAGCAUGUCUAUUCUCCGUUCAUGGGUGCUGUCAUCGGGCUUGAGGCAUCCUGUUCGAGGACAUGAUUACAUGAUUGCAUAAG